AUGCUUCCACUGUUCUUGGUAUGUGCUCUGCUAGCACAACAGACUCUAGCAUUCUCUAGUCAGCACAGGAACACCGAGAAACCCUUGCCAUAUCUCCUCCGUGCCGGCAGGGACUCUCACAAGGGGAGCUACCAGAUACCUAGCGCUGUGCAAAAUGGAACAAGCAAGGCUCAGUUUGACAUCCAAACGCCAGCAGGCACUCUUGAUAUAGACACCCUCUUCCGUCUCGAUGCACCCCAGAUAGAUCUAAUCAAUAGUUCCGUGUUCGACUGGUGGUAUUUUGAUGCCGUCUCGGAGACAAACCCAGAUGAUUCUCUAGUCGUCACAUUCUUCUCCUCGUCUGCGGAAGCCUUUCCAUUCCUCGAUACGAACGAAACCUCUGUGCUCAGCGUUUGGCUAUGGGCUUCGUUCGCCAACGGCACCGUCUUUACCGAUUACGUCCCGGCAACUGCGGCUACUGUGACUGGGCUAGAGGCCGAGGGCACUAACAGCUCCGGCGAGUGGUCCUCCACGGGCUUUAGCUGGGUUGCCCUCACAGAGAAUCUAUCUCAGUAUGAGAUAAUCAUCUCCUCCGAGAAGCUCCAGGUCGAAGGGCGGCUUACUCUGACUUCGCAAGUACCGCACCAUCUGCCCUGCGGAGUUCAAGCAAAGCGGUCUGUACUUGAGAUUGCGCCUCAUCUCGGAUGGGUCAAUCUCAUACCCGACGCCAUGGCUGAGGUCGACAUGAAGAUCCACGGAUCGACGCUGAAGUUCCGAGGGCCUGGGUACCAUGACAAAAAUUGGUCUGAUCGGCCCUUUACGGACUCUGUCCGCAGCUGGUACUGGGGUCACGGCCGUCUAGGGCCAUACUCGAUUGUGUGGUUCAGUUACCUCGCGAUUGAUGACCAAUUCAACACCACGUAUGUGAGUAGCUACGUUGCCAAAGAUGGAGAGUUGCUCAUAUCGGCCUGUGACCCCUCUAUCCUGACUGUGAGGCCGAUUGGUAGUCCAGGGACUACUGGUGGGCGAUAUCCGCCACGCGUGGGUGAUUUACCUGAAGGAUUUCGAUUGGUUUUUGACCUCGGAGAGGCAAACGGGCAGUUGAAAGUUAAUAUCUCGGUGCGAACAGUUGUCGCAGGGAAUGGAAAAGAUUAUAUGCGAUGGACAGGAGACAUGGUUGGGGAGGUAAUCGAGUCUGAGAGCCAUCAACCACAAGACGCCGGUGGUAGUGGCCCCAAAAAAGAAACGAGACAACGUGAAGUACAAUCAUCUUCUCAGUCAUCUCUUGUUGGUGUUGCGGUUUUAGAGCAAUUUGCUAUGGUGGAAUAG